AUGAAGUUCUGUUCCGCUGGUUUGCUAGUUGCCGCUCUGUCUGGCAUUGUUUCAGCAACAUCCAACUCUUUCACCCUUUAUUGCUCAAACACCAUCGUCAAAGACACCUGCGCGUACACCUACACUUUGGUUGAGAAUAAUGGAUACUAUGGUACAUUCUCUGGAACAAUGAAGGUUGCAAGCGGCAUGUUCAAAUGGAAGAGCGAUGAGUUCAGAGUUGGAACUAGUUACUGCGAUUGCUCAAAGAACGUGGCCUUGCAUGCUUGGAACUACGAUUAUAGCUGGUCUUCGACAACCUAUGUUAGACCUGGCGAAUACUCUAUGACCGGAACAGCUAAUUAUUAG